GGCGGCAGCGGCGGCGGGGCCGCCUCCCCCCCCGGCUCCCCCUCACCCGGCGGCGGCGCCGGCGCCUCACCCCAACAUCAGGGCCUUGCCGCCCCAGCCGCCCCAGCAAAUCCCCCGAGGUCCUGUUCAGCAGCCCCUCGAGGAUCGGAUCUUCACUCCGACCGUCUCCGCUGUGUACAGCACUUUUAUCUCCACACAGGUAACACAAGUAGCAAGACAACCGGGUCCUCCUGCCCCAUCCCCUUACACUGCACAUGAAAUAAAUAAGGGACACCCAAAUCUUGCUGCAACGCCACCGGGACAUGCAUCGUCCCCUGGGCUUUCACAGGCUCCUUACCCCUCAGGACAGAAUGCAGCUCCAACCACAUUGGUGUACCCUCAAGCCCCUCAAACAAUGAACACCCAGCCUCAGACCCGCUCGCCGCCCAGCAGAACAGUGCCAAUACAUUGCACAGACAACUGGAAGAGGAGGAAGGUUUUGGAACAGAGUCCGGUUUACAGGUCCCUGGCUGGAAGAGGCUGGAUAAAAUACUGCAUUUUUGCAGCGGGGCCUCGACCUGCCCAUCACCAGGGAGGAUUCAGACCUAUACAGUUUUUUCAGAGGCCUCAGAUACAGCCUCCAAGAGCUACCAUCCAGAACAGCAGCCCUUCCAUCCGUCCUGGUGCGCAAACGCCGACUGCGGUGUAUCAAACCAACCAGCACAUCAUGAUGGUUAAUCAUCUGCCAAUGCCCUACCCGAUGCCUCAGGGCCCCCAGUACUGUAUACCACAGUAUCGUCACAGUGGCCCUCCGUAUGUCGGGCCCCCACAGCAGUAUCCUGUUCAGCCGCCAGGACCAGGACCCUUUUAUCCAGGACCAGGUCCUGGAGAAUUCCCCAAUGCCUAUGGAACACCUUUCUACCCAAGUCAGCCAGUGUAUCAGUCAGCACCCAUCAUAGUGCCUACACAGCAGCAGCAGCCUCCACCAGCUAAAAGAGAGAAAAAAACGAUCCGAAUCCGGGAUCCAAACCAGGGAGGCAAAGAUAUAACAGAAGAAAUAAUGUCUGGAGGGGGCAGCAGGAACCCAACGCCUCCCAUCGUGAGACCCACUUCCACACCUACUCCACCUCAGCAGCUGUCCAGCCAGGUCCCCGAGCACAGCCCUGUGGUUUAUGGGACUGUGGAGAACACCCAUCUCGCUGCCAGCACCCCUGUCACUGCGACUAGCAACCCGAAGCAAGAAGAGAAGCCAAAACCAGAUCCAGUAUUAAAACCUUCUUCUCCAGUCCUCAGACCAGAACCUACUGGGGAGAAAAAGGAUCAAGCUGGCCAGACGACCGAGGCCAGCUCAGUGGAAACCCCACCAGAACUUCCUCUUGCUCCAUCGCCAACCCCGGCCGCUCCCGUCGCAGUUGUUUCUGCUGCUGCUGCUGCUGCUGUUGUCACCGUUUCUAGUAAAUCCACAUUCACAGCUGACUCAGAGGAGAAAUGUGAACUCGCUUCCCCAAAAGAGGAGGCAAUGCCUAUACCUAAUGCCGCACCCUGCACGGACACAUCAGACCCUUCGCCAGCGGAAGAGGCUGAUGCUGAGGUGUGCAAGGAGCCUAGUAGUGUAGCAUCUAGUGAUAUUCCAGUGACUGCUAGUACUAAUCUAAUUAAUGAAAUGAACGGAGUUAGUGAAAAAGUAACUGCUGCAGAGAGCGUAGUAGAUGUAGCCCAGACGGAAGUUGCGCCAUUGACUGUUGAGUUGGAGACACCAGAAGCACCUCCAGCAGAAGUGGAAAGCGUGCCAUCUUCCAGUGCUCUUCACGCUGCUCCCUCUCCUCCUCCCACCCCACCUCCCACCCCUCCGCCGCCUUCUCCUCCGAUUUCUGUUGCUGCUGCUGUUACCACUACAACUCCUUCUCCACCUCCUCUUCCAUCUCCUAGUGCCCUCCCUGUUGUUCAGGGAGAUUUAGAAGGAGAGGAGAGCACAAGAACUACUCUUAACGAAGAGGUAAAAGAUACUGAAAAGAAGGAAGAGACAGAAGCAGAUGGGCAACUGGAGGAGAGCGCGGAGGCUCAGAGUUUAAACUCGAGCAAGAGUCCUGUCCCAGCCCAAACAGCUGUAACUGCACCAAAGACGUGGAAGAAACCAAAAGACCGGACCCAAGCCACUGAGGAGGUGAUAGAGGCGGAAACAGAGCCUAAAGUAGAAGAGGAACUUUCAGGUGACAAAGUACUUGAAUCUGAACAGGAGAAAAUGAGCCAUGGGUUUCAACUGGAGAGAGACCCCUCUGAGCUUAAAAAAGCAAAACCUGUGGAAGAAAAUGGAGAGCAGGAAGCAGAACCUGUGCGGAACGGUGCCGAGAGCGUUUCAGAGGGAGAAGGAACCGAUGCAAACUCAGGCUUCACAGAGAGCUCCAGCGAAGGGCCAGUGUACCAGUAUAAACCAGAGCAGUGGAAGCCCCUGGACCCGGAGGGGAAGAAGCAGUACGACAGGGAAUUCUUACUGGAUUUCCAGUUCAUGCCUGCCUGUAUCCAGAAGCCGGAGGGGCUGCCUCCCAUAAGCGAUGUGGUUCUCGACAAGGUGAGAGGAGAGCCGAUCAAGCAGGUCAAUCAGCCGAAAUUGCCACUGAGAACUCUGGACCCUCGGAUACUGCCUCGAGGACCAGACUUCACACCAGCCUUUGCUGAUUUUGGGAGGCAAACCUCCGGUGGAAGAAACGUAUCUGGAAGUGCCUGCAAAGUGCAGAGCAACCCUGGAUUGCCUUCCCUGGCUCGGUGCGGUUCCCCAGCAUGCCCUCUCUUGGUCUCGCCUCACCCACCAUUGAGGAACCUGCCGAUAGGGUUGUUGAAUGUUGGACCGAGGAGAUCUCAGCCAGGCCAGAGGAGAGAGCCCAGGAAGAUCAUCACGGUGUGUGUGAAGGAGGAUGUCCACCUGAAGAAGGCAGAGAACGCCUGGAAGCCGAGCCUGAAGAGAGAAAACCAAACCGAGGACCCGGAAAAUGUCAAAACCCAGGAGCUGUUCCGCAAGGUACGAAGCAUCUUGAACAAGCUGACGCCCCAGAUGUUCAAUCAGCUCAUGAAGCAAGUGACAGACCUGACGGUAGAUACAGAAGAGAGGCUGAAAGGAGUCAUCGACCUGGUCUUCGAGAAGGCUAUCGACGAACCCAGCUUCUCGGUGGCGUAUGCCAACAUGUGCAGAUGUCUUGUAACGCUGAAAGUGCCCAUGGCAGACAAACCUGGGAGCACAGUAAAUUUCCGCAAGUUGCUGUUAAAUCGCUGCCAGAAGGAAUUUGAAAAGGACAAGGCUGACGACGACGUCUUUGAAAAGAAGCAGAAAGAACUUGAAGCUGCUACCACUCCAGAGGAGAAGACACGGCUCCAUGACGAGCUGGAAGAGGCCAAGGACAAAGCCCGACGGAGAUCCAUUGGGAAUAUAAAAUUCAUUGGCGAGCUUUUCAAACUAAAAAUGCUGACGGAGGCUAUCAUGCAUGACUGCGUGGUAAAGCUGCUGAAAAACCACGAUGAGGAGUCCCUCGAGUGCCUUUGCCGCCUGCUAACUACCAUUGGCAAGGACCUGGACUUUGAGAAAGCAAAGCCUCGCAUGGACCAGUAUUUUAAUCAGAUGGAGAAGAUUGUGAAAGAGAGGAAAACAUCUUCAAGGAUUCGGUUCAUGCUUCAGGAUGUAAUAGACCUAAGGCUGUGCAACUGGGUUUCACGGAGAGCAGACCAGGGUCCGAAGACCAUUGAGCAGAUUCAUAAAGAAGCCAAGAUUGAAGAGCAAGAAGAACAGAGGAAGGUCCAACAACUCAUGACCAAAGAGAAGAGGAGACCGGGUGUCCAGCGGGUCGACGAAGGCGGUUGGAACACUGUGCAGGGGGCAAAGAACAGCAGAGUGCUGGACCCCACCAAGUUCCUUAAAAUCACCAAGCCCACAAUAGAUGAGAAGAUUCAGCUUGUGCCUAAAGCCCAGUUGGGCAGCUGGGGAAAGGGCAGCAGCGGCGGAGCAAAGGCAAGCGAGAUGGACUCCUUACGACCAAGUGCCACUAGUUUGAACAGAUUUUCUGCACUGCAGCCUCCAGUCUCAUCUGUAUCUGCCUCAUCCGCAUCUUCAGAAUUAGAUUCUCGCAGGGCCUUAACUAGUCGCGGGAGCACGGGCAGGGAGAAGAACGACAAACCUCUCCCACCUUCCCUCUCCCGUCCCAACACCUUCCUGCGGGGCAGCAGCAGUAAAGAGCUGCUGCUCGACAAUCAGGCGCAAGAGGAGCAGCGGAGGGAGAUGCUGGAGACGGUGAAGCAGUUAACAGGCGGCAUGGAGAUGGACAGAAACAGCACAGAGGCGGAGAGAAACAAAGCCAAGGAAUCUGCCAAGCCAGAAGCUCCCCCAGCUCCGGCGCAAGAAAAGCCUUCGCUAUCAGAAGAGGAAAUAGAGAGGAAAUGCAAAUCUAUCAUUGAUGAGUUCUUGCAUAUUAAUGAUUUUAAGGAAGCAAUGCAGUGCGUGGAGGAGCUGAGCGCCCAGGAUCUGCUCCCUGUUUUCGUGCGAGUGGGAGUGGAGUCGACGCUCGAGAGGAGUCAGAUCACCAGGGAUCACAUGGGCCAGUUAUUACAUCAGUUGGUGCAGUCGGGAAAGCUGAGCAAGCAGGAUUUCUUCAAGGGCUUUUCAGAUACCUUGGAGAUGGCGGACGAUAUGGCCAUAGAUAUACCCCAUAUUUGGUUGUACCUAGCUGAGUUGGUGACCCCCAUGUUAAAAGAAGGAGGAAUCUCUAUGAGAGAACUUAUACAAGAAUUUAGCAAACCUUUGCUUCCUGUGGGAAGAGCCGGCGUCUUGCUUGCUGAAAUCUUGCACCUUCUAUGCAAACAAAUGAGCCAUAAGAAAGUGGGAGCCUUAUGGAGGGAGACUGGCCUCAGUUGGAAGGACUACUUACCCGAAGGGGAGGAUGUACAUACCUUUCUCAUGGAACAAAAGUUGGACUUCACGGAGUCCGACUGUUCCAGUUCCUCAGAAGCACUUUCAGAGAAAGAACUCUCUGCGGAAGAGCUGAACAAGCAGCUAGAAAAACUCAUUGUUGAGGACAAGGCGAAUGAUGAACAAAUCUUUGACUGGGUAGAGGCUAAUCUAGAUGAAAGCCAGAUGAGUUCACCUACAUUCCUUAGAGCUUUAAUGACAGCAGUUUGUAAAGCAGCUAUUAUAGCGGACUCUUCUAGCUUCCGUGUGGACACUGCUGUUAUCAAACAGAGAGUGCCGAUCUUACUCAAGUACCUAGACUCAGACACAGAGAAGGAACUACAAGCACUUUAUGCACUACAAGCAUCAAUAGUAAAACUUGAUCAGCCUCCUAAUUUGUUGCGGAUGUUUUUUGAUUGCCUGUAUGAUGAGGAGGUAAUAUCGGAGGAUGCCUUCUACAAGUGGGAAAGCAGCAAGGACCCAGCGGAGCAGAACGGGAAAGGAGUAGCGCUAAAAUCUGUCACAGCAUUCUUCACGUGGCUACGGGAGGCCGAAGAGGAGUCGGAGGAUAAUUAAAACUUAAAAUACAGAGGAAAAAAUAAAAAAAGAAACAGUUUAAGUAUUUUUUUAAAAAGUUUCACGUCUUCGCCAAUCACAGUGCAGCAAGGCCAAUUCUCGCGCAGACCCCCCCUUCCCCCACACAUGCACGAGUGGGAGAGGUAAAAAUAGAUAAACACAAAGGUGAUCAUGGAGGAAAAAAGGUACUUGGAAAAAAAAAAGUAAACUUCAAACCUGAGGGCGGGAGCACUAAACCAAAAUACAUGUAUUAUUUAUAGAAAAUAUUUUCUGUUUUAAUCUUUUUUUUCUUUUCUUUUUAAACAAGGACUCAUACUUACAAAAACACAAAGCGAAACAAAUCUGUUUAGCAAAAAAAAAAAGUUGAAAACUUUUAAUUUAUUAUUUUAAGGACUGCAAAUGCCAGUGUAAUUUUUAAAUUUGCAGUUUCUGUAAACAAAUUGUAUAAUAGAACAAAAGCAGAGAAAUAAAUUUCCCUCCCCUUCAUAUGCACCUCAGUUUUGUUUCAAAGCAUGAUAAAUAGACAAAACUUUCAAGGGGGUUGGGGUAAGCUAGGUGAGGAAGAGAUCAAUUUUUUUUUUUUAAUUGUCAUCAGAUUUUUCUGCCUGCCUCUCAGCUUGCUUCAGAAAUUUAAAAAGAAAAUAGUAAUCAAAACGUACAUAACCUUGGAACGGAAGGAAAUGCAUUUGAGAAAACUGCUGCGGACCAGAGUGCUCCGAAAAUAACUCAUUCAAAACAGUGCUACCCUGGGGAAAAAGUACUAGUGAUACUUUCAGAACCUUUAGAGCAACUUUAAGGCUUGUAAAUACAUAGAACAAAUAUUUAAAAAAAGAAAAAAAGAAAUUGACUCAAUACUAUUUCUUUUCACUUUCAAAAUAUAAAGAACAAAAUAAAGACAAACAUUGCAAGUUUAAAAGAAA